CCUGAGGAGAARUGCCAGUCCGAGAUUCGCAAGCUGAGGAGAGAACUGGAUGCAUCCCAAGAAAAAGUGUCAGCUCUGACAACUCAGUUGACUGCUAAUGCUCACCUGGUGGCAGCGUUUGAGCAGAGCCUGGGGAACAUGACCAUCCGGCUGCAGAGCCUGACCAUGACAGCAGAGCAAAAGGACUCGGAGCUGAACGAGUUGAGGAAGACAAUUGAGCUCCUGAAGAAACAAAAUGCUGCUGCUCAGGCUGCCAUCAACGGGGUCAUCAACACACCUGAGCUCAACUGCAAAGGUCCUGGAGCUGCUCAGCCCACGGACCUGCGGAUCAGGAGGCAGCACUCCUCUGACAGUGUCUCCAGCAUCAACAGUGCCACCAGCCACUCCAGUGUGGGCAGCAACAUCGAGAGUGACUCCAAGAAAAAGAAGAGGAAGAACUGGCUACGCAGCUCCUUCAAGCAAGCUUUUGGGAAAAAGAARUCUCCCAAGUCAGCAUCUUCUCAUUCAGACAUUGAGGAGAUGACGGAUUCUUCCCUCCCUUCCUCACCAAAGCUACCCCACCACACCACCACUGUUUCCACACCGCUGCUGAGAACUUCCCAUUCCAAUUCCCUCAUUUCCGAGUGCGCGGACAGCGAGGCCGAGACGGUGCUGCAGCUGCGCAACGAGCUGCGCGACAAGGAGAUGAAGCUGACCGACAUUCGGCUGGAGGCACUGAGCUCUGCACACCAACUGGACCAGCUGCGUGAAGCCAUGAACAGGAUGCAGAGCGAGAUUGAGAAGCUGAAAGCGGAGAACGAUCGGCUGAAAUCCGAAAACCACGGCAGCUGCAGCAGGGCUCAGUCUCAGGUUUCCAUCUCCUCGUCGCCCAGACACUCGGUGGGGCUCUCUCAACACAGCCUGAACCUCACGGAGUCAACCAGUCUCGACAUGCUCCUGGAUGACCCUGGAGAUGGCUCUGCCCGCAAGGAAGGAGGCAGGCACGUCAAAAUCAUCGUCAGCUUCCAGGACGAGAUGAAAUGGAAGGAGGAUUCCAGGCCCCGCACCUUCCUCAUCGGCUGCAUCGGGGUCAGCGGGAAGACCAAGUGGGACGUUCUGGACGGGGUUGUGAGGCGCCUCUUCAAGGAGUACAUCAUCCAUGUGGACCCCGUGAGCCAGCUGGGGCUGAACUCGGACAGCGUCCUGGGCUACAGCAUCGGCGACAUCAAACGCACCAACAGCGCCGAGACGCCCGAGCUGCUGCCCUGCGGGUACCUGGUGGGAGAAAACAACACCAUCUCCGUGGCCAUCAAAGGUGUGUGCGAGAACAGCCUGGACGGGCUGGUGUUCGAGUCGCUGAUCCCCCGGCCCAUCCUGCAGCGCUACGUGUCCCUGCUGAUGGAGCACAGGAGGAUCAUCCUGUCGGGCCCCAGCGGCACCGGCAAAACCUACCUGGCCAAGAGGCUGGCCGAGUUCCUGGUGCUCAGGGAGGGCAGGGAGCUGGCUGAGGGCAUCAUCGCCACCUUCAACGUGGACCACAAAUCCAGCAAGGAACUCCGCCAGUACCUGUCCAACCUGGCAGACCAGUGUAACAGUGAAAAUAAUGCUGUGGAUAUGCCUCUUGUCAUCAUUUUGGAUAAUUUGCACCAUGUCAGCUCCCUGGGAGAGAUCUUUAAUGGGCUCCUAAACUGCAAGUACCACAAAUGUCCYUAUAUUAUUGGCACAAUGAACCAAGCCACCUCCUCCACACCUAAUCUUCAACUUCACCAUAAUUUCAGAUGGGUGCUGUGUGCCAACCACACCGAGCCAGUCAAAGGCUUCCUCGGCCGCUUCUUGAGAAGAAAACUGAUUGAAACAGAGAUCAGUGGCAGGAUGAGGAAUGCAGAGCUGGUUAAGAUUAUUGAUUGGAUUCCCAAGGUCUGGCAACACCUGAACAAGUUCUUGGAGGCUCACAGCUCCUCUGAUGUUACUAUUGGUCCACGGCUCUUCCUCUCCUGCCCGAUAGAUGUAGAUGGUUCCAGAGUUUGGUUCACUGACCUGUGGAACUACUCCAUCAUUCCAUAUCUUCUGGAGGCAGUUAGAGAAGGGCUGCAGCUGUACGGGAGGAGAGCGCCCUGGGAGGACCCUGCCAAGUGGGUGAUGGACACCUACCCCUGGGCAGCCAGCCCCCAGCACCACGAGUGGCCUCCCCUGCUGCAGCUGCGGCCCGAGGACGUGGGCUUUGACGGCUACUCCGUGUCCCGGGAGGGCUCCACCAGCAAGCAGGUGCCCGUGAGCGAUGCUGAAGGGGAUCCUCUGAUGAACAUGCUGAUGAGGCUGCAGGAGGCAGCCAACUACUCCAGCCCCCAGAGCUACGACAGCGACUCCAACAGCAACAGCCACCACGACGACAUCCUGGAUUCCUCCCUGGAGUCCACGCUCUGAUCUUCUCACACACAGAGAGRGCCUUCCCAUUUGGCCAGAGCCCUGAUGGCAGGCUCGUGAAAAGAACACAUUCCUGGGCUGGGAUCUCAGUAUUAGAGCUGCAAGAACAAGACACUUGGAGCAAUCUUGAACCUGGGUGCAGGCAACCCAAGCGACCUUUGUAUUGUUUUUCUUGUGACGACGAUGAGAACUGCACUAUUCCUUUGUUUCCUUCUUUUGAGUUGCUGUAAGCUCUCAUGCCUAAGAUCCUGAAGAUGUUAAAAAUAAUCAUCAUUACUAUGUCAAAAGGACCUGGGGGAGCAACUUCAUAGCUCUGUGCCAUGUACUGUCUGGAAAGAGAGGGGAGAGGGAAUAUUUGCCUAUGCUGCUUCUGACCAAACACAUUUACGUGAGAGCUGGGCUUUUACCAAUCAGCUUUGUGGAUUAAACUCAGCUUCUUAUAGUUCUGGUGCUAUAACAAUAUCAYUUGCCUUGGUAAAUAAUACUCAGUAAAGGCAAAGCUGCAAAAGAGGGAAGUUUGAAUAAAUGUUAAAAAAAGAGAAAAGAAAAGAAAAAAAAAAWGAAAACAAAAAGCRCUGCUCUCCUUGCCAGUCUGAGACCUUGGCUUUCUUUCCUUGUGUGUUUAUAAAGAUUAUAUAUAUAAAUAGGAAUAUAUAAAAAUAUAUAUACGGUCUGAACAAAUCAGGUUUUUUUCAAACACUGUGUAACAAUCAAUCCUGCUACAAGUGAAAGAUCAGGGAGCCCUUUGCCAGUCAGGGCCCAAUUCUCUUCCCACUCCCCCCACACAGCCAGCUGAGCUGACUCCCGUGGCGUUUACACCCCUGACCCACCCGAGGAGAGGGGGCAUCCCUCCUGCCCCGGAGUCAGGGCAAGGCUGUGCCCCACAGAGCCCUGCAGCUCCCCAGGAGCCAGGGCAGUGCCAGGCACGGCGAGCUCUGUGCACAGAGGGGAGCUGCACCCCUGCAGAGGGAUCAAUCACACUUUGCUCUUAAUUCUUGCCAUGAAACGUUACAGCUGUUUUCUAAAAAAUUCGGGUUUUGUUCAGAGAUUUCAUUCCAAUCAGCACAACCGUAAGGGGUUUAAUUAAAAUCACCUCUGUGACAGCUCCAGUGCUGCUCUGGUGGCAACACUCUACUUCUGUGACUUUUUUUUUUUUUAAUUGCAAAAAAAAAAAAAAAAAAAAAA